GGCGUUUGCUUUGGUUUGAGGGACCUGCCGAAUUGCUCAUCGGGCCGGGAGAGUUGCUAAGUGGGGAACCACAACGGGAACAACAACAUAUGACUCCCUCCGUCAUUCCCAACCAAAAAAAGGGGUGAAUGUUGCGCGUCUGUGUUGGUGGUGUCUUUUCGGCCCCAAGCAAUGAAACGAGCGAGCUGGCAAAAACGGUGGUCAAUUAUCUGUGCAUGACAGAACGGAGUUUCGUAGUCGAGAUAGGGUAGCGUGGUUCCUAUUUCACCAAAUUGCCCAAACAACGCAGCCAGCCAGUGAGUUCGCCAAAGAAGAGCAUUCGCUAUAUGGCGAAAGAAACAGCCGUGUUCCGCGUGGAAUUGGUGCAUAGUUGGGCGUCAUCGUACCUUGGGACAAGCGGCAACCUGUUGUUCGUAUCGGCAGCGAGAAUAGCAGGCUGGCUCAUUCCAGUGCGGGAAAUCACCUGGUGACGAGGUAAACGAUGGACCCGGCAACGCUCGAGGAGAAGUAUCCCUUCAUCACGAAGGAUUAUCUGGAGGGCAUACUGCGGCGAGAGCAGUGCGAGAGUGCCAUCAAGGUGGAAAGUUUCAAGGUGAUCGCACCGCUGGCCAAGGGUGAAAACUACUCCAGUGACAUCCUGCGGGUGACGGUAAACUAUACGACCGGAAGCCACAAUCACAGAACGCAGAGCUACAUCAUCAAGGUAUCGUUCGCGCGAGAUGAGGACGCCGAUCUGCUGGAUGCGUACGAUGUGUUCAAGCGUGAGAUUGCGGCGUACGAUGUGGUGAUGCCGAAAGUCGAACAGUUGCUAAGCUCGAUCGGAUACAGCAAACGAUUAGCACCGGCUGCACAUGCGAUCCAUGCCACAACGAUCAAACAUUUCGUGUUUGAGGAUCUGUCGCUGCAGGGUUACAAGCCGGUGGGUCGCGCGGAGGGUCUUAACUUCCGGCAGCUUCAGCUAGUGCUGGAAAAGAUCGCCAAAUUCCAUGCUGCUACCGCCGUCCUGUACAGUAUCGACGAGGACAGUAUGGCCUCACACCACUAUCGCAACAUUAGCGAAGAUGUGCCCCAUUUCUAUCCGCUGUUCCAGAACAGUGUGGUUGCGUGCGGUGAACAGGCUGCCGGUUGGCCCACUACCCAGGGCCGAAUAGCGGACAAGUUGCGCGCACUGGAGCAAACGAUCAUCGCCAAAGGAUGCCGUGUGUAUACGCGCUGCGAGUCGGACUUUAACGUGCUCAACCAUGGCGAUCUUUGGGUGAACAAUGUGAUGCUUAAGUCGGAACCGAGCGGGAAACCGAUCGAUGCGAUACUGGUGGACUAUGCGACCGGUUUCUUCGGUUCGCCGGCGAUCGAUCUUAGCUAUCUGCUGUUCACAUCGGCCGCCAACGAGGUGACGGUGGAAGACUUUGAUCUGCUGCUGCAACACUAUCAUGCCGAGCUGGUGGAUACGCUGACGAAGCUUAAGUAUGGCAAGAAGGUGCCUACGCUGCUCGACAUACAGAUUGAGAUGCUGCGCAAGGGACAUAAUGGGGUAAUGUUUUCGACCUUCUUGAUACCGCUCCGGUUGCUGGAGGAUACGUCGAACGCCGAUCUGGGUGGGCUGUUGGGAAAGACGGAGGAAGCGAUCGCGUUCCGGAAGCGACUGUUCUCCCAUCCCAAGUAUCGGGAUCGUAUGGAGUAUCUGCUGAACUUCUUCGAUCGCAAGGGCUAUCUGGAUUGAGUGUGAAGUUAGCUAAAUUCUCGUCCAAUAAACGCUCAACUCAUCAUUGGAGUAGUA